GUCCGCCUUCACCUACUAUCAUCAUCGUCUCCAUCUCCGGCCGGGCACCCAAACUGAGAUGGCGUCCGUCCGGCGGUCCGCCGUGGCCCUGAUCGCCUCCUUUCUCGUCGUCGCGGCAGUGGGAGCCCAGCCGAUGGACCCGAAGAACCCCAUCUCGUCAGACCCCAAUGUGAUCCCCGUAUACAUGAGCCCCGGCUCGCCCCCCACCUACGUGAGCUGUUACAACAGCACCCAUGGGCAGCAAGGGUCGGAACCCACGUGCUCCAUCCUCGCGCGCCAGUGUCCCCGCGGUUGCCGGGACACCUGCUACGUCCACUGCCCGUCCUGCAAGCUCGUCUGCCUGUGCGAGCUGACCGGCUCGGAGUGCUACGACCCGCGCUUCGUGGGAGGCGACGGCAACAAGUUCCUGUUCCACGGCCGGCGCGACGCCGACUUCUGCCUGGUGUCGGACGCCAACCUGCACAUCAACGCGCACUUCAUCGGCAAGCGCAACGACGCGCGCGCCGCCGCGCCGGCGCGGGACUUCACGUGGGUGCAGGCGCUGGGCAUCCGGUUCGGCGGGCACCGGCUGUACCUGGGCGUCCGGAGGACGGCCGUCUGGGACGACGCCGAGGACCGGCUGGCCAUCACCUUCGACGGGGUGCCCGUGGCGCUGGACGCCGUGGCCGGCGCCAGCUGGAGCCCCGCGGCGGCGCCCGCGCUGUCCGUGUUCCGCACGGGCCCCGCCAACGGCGUGGUGGUGCGCCUGGACGGGCGGUUCCGGGCCGUGGCCAACGCCGUGCCGGUGACCGCCGAGGACUCGAGGGUCCACGGCUACGGCCUGCGCCCCGGGGACGGCAGCCUCGCGCACCUCAACGUGGCGUUCAAGUUCUACGCCCUCAGCGCCGACGUGCACGGCGUGCUGGGCCAGACCUACCGCCCGGGCUACGUCAGCGCCGCCGGGGUGGACGCGGGCGCCAGGGUCCCCGUCAUGGGCGGCGCCGGAAGGUUCCAGGUGUACGGCGGCAUCUUCGACACCAGCUGCGAGGUCGGGCGGUUCGCUGGCGAGGACCACGGGCCCGUGGGCGGCGUCACCGUGGAGGAGCCGACCGACGCGCUCUGCGGCAGCGGCAAGGCCAGCACUGGCCUGGUCUGCAAGAAGUGACGACUGACGAGGCCGGCGGUGUAGUGUUUUUGCUUGUGUGUACGUGCGUGCUGACAUAUAUAUAGCUGCUGCUGCGAAGUAAAGUAGUAGUGGUUCUAUGUAUGGCAGGGGGACCUAAUAAGACUGUGACGUCUCUUGUGCUGUAGUCGUGUGGACAACACUGGAAAAAAUGCCGUGUUGCUCUGGUGUUCUCGUGUUUCAUCACUCC